UUCCAGCUUUAUUUUUGUUGCGCAACAUAAUUAAUAGACAACCAGUGGCCGUUUCCGUUGCCCGUCCUAAUCAAAUGUUUCUCAGAUAACGGCUAUAGGUAUUAUCUUCUCAAUUGAGCGGACAAAGAACUUUAGCAACGCCAUCCGACUAAAUCAAGCCAGGCAACGCAGCCCAAAGCCAACAUUCAGAAACCUGGAACACCCACUACAAAACGAAUAAACAAACGGAGGAGGAGAACAGACCUAUAUAGCAUUUAGUCGAAGCAGGCGGUAGAAACAGAUUAUCCAAAACAAAAAUGGCGGGAUCCAAACCCCCCAAUGGCAAGAAUCUCGUCAGCAAACCACCCUCCACGGCGGCACAAACCUACCUCAUCUGCUACAACACCCUCUCCUUCACCCUCUGGGCCACCAUAACCAUACGACUGAUAUUCCUCCUCGCCCGCCUCGUUCCCACUGGCCAUGUCGCGCACAUCUUCGAUGACCUAUUCCCGCUCCUUCUCUUCACGCAAUCCCUCGCCUUGCUGGAAAUCUUACACGCGGUCGUAAGGCUCGUGCGUGCAUCCCCUAUCACGACGGCGAUGCAGGUUGGCAGCCGUAUUCUAGUCGUCUGGUUUGUUAUGUUCUUUUUCUCGGUGGAUAGGAUUGGGAAGGAAAAGGGGGUUGUAGGCGCUACGAGUACGGAGCCUGGGUGGAAACUGGCCGAUUGGAUGGUUGUUGGCUGCUUGAGCGCUUGGGGGAUUACGGAGUGUAUUCGAUAUGGAUAUUUUGUGGUGCAGGUUUUGGGUGUUGCAAUGCCGCGAUGGUUGCUUUGGUUGAGAUAUAAUACUUUCUUCGUCCUCUAUCCAAUUGGUAUUACGAGUGAGUGUACAUUGAUUUACAAGGCCAUUACGCCGGCGUGGGAUAUUCAACCCCUGGUUGCGUGGUUUUUUAGUUUGAUACUGGUUAUCUACGUGCCUGGCUCAUUCAUUCUGUAUACGCAUAUGAUGUCUCAAAGGAGAAAGGUAUUUAAAGCCUCCAAGAAGGCUGACUGAUUAAUAGCAAGACUGAAUAGAUGGCGGAAUUGGCGUAAAACGGGUUGGAAUAUGUAUAGCAAUGCGAUUUACCUGGAGUUGAUCGGAGACUUAUGUCGUUUUGGCUGUAUUAUUAGAAGCUUUCUUGAAAAGCGGGUAUGUUUGACACUGUUCAUUACUCCAUUCGUAAAUAUUUAAAUAUCCUUCAUGAUAUCAUUAAUCGCCUUAACCGCAAACGCCUUGCGCUCUGCCUCAGGCAAUUCCGCAGCCAUAUCUAUUGGCGGGUUAGUUGGCGUGUCCACCAAGAAGGCAAUGUGACAAGCCGCAUUCCCUCUUUCAAUUUACCAAAUGGACAGGAUGCAAUCAUAAAUAUGCUCACCUUUAAUAGCCUGCAUUCUCAACAUUAAUCCAUCCAUCCUUUCAACCUGAAGUUCAUCCUCCUCGUCUUCAUUUUUUGGCCCUGGUUCGCCGGUACCAAGCUCAUCCCCCCCUUUUUCAAUCGCCAGUCGAAGAUCAAACAUUUCGCGCUCGAGCUCACUAGCUUCCUUGUCGAAGCCAGUUUCUCCAUCAGAGUCGAGAAGGAAGUCUGUUGAUAGAUCCCCUUGGCUACAUGAGGUCCACUCGUUCGUCCGCAGGACUUCCCUUAUCCGUGGCAUGCCCUGGAGUUCUGCAGGAAUUUCGGAAUUUUAGCAAGUUAAUAACCCAGAGAUAAAAGCAGAAGACCGGAAAUUAAUGGGGAAGAGAAAUAUAGACGAGAUAUAAUAUAUAGUAGACCGUCAAAGAGAAACAAUACAAACCUCCAAAAUUAU